CCCUUCCAAUCUUCCAGUCCCUCCCUCUCUCUCUCUCUCUCACAGCAAGACAGCAGCAUCCGAAAAAAAAUGUCUCACAACAGAAAACGCUCCCACAACGAAUCCCCUCCUCCCACCACCAAAAAACCUCACCACCCCAAAUCACCCACAGCCGCUAUCCCCACAACCCUCCCACAACAACAACCACAACCAAACAACCCAAAACCCCCCACCUUCCCAUCCUACCUUGAAACCCCAAACCUCCCACCCAAAAUCAAACUCCUCUGCCAAAUCCUCUCCACAACUUCUCCCCAGUCCCUAGAAUCUACCCUCACCGACACCGGCAUUAGCAUCUCCUCCGACGAUGUCGAAUCCGUUCUCAAGCUCUCCUACUCCCUCCCCGGCCCCGCCGUCAAGUUUUUCCGGUGGGCCGGCCACCGCCACCUGGCCCACCGCCACUCCCCUUACUCAUGGAAUCUGAUUAUCGACCUCCUUGGCAAGAACCUCCUCUUCGACGCCAUGUGGGAUGCUGUCAAGUCCAUGCGCUCCCAGUCCCUCCUCUCCCUCGCCACCUUCGCUUCUGUCUUCAGCAGCUACGUCGCAGCGGGCCGAGUCGACGAGGCCAUCAUGACCUUCGAGGUCAUGGACCAGUACGGCUGCCCCCGCGACGUUGUCGCUCUCAAUUCCCUGCUCAGCGCGAUCUGCCGCGACGGGAAGACUGCCAAGGCGCAGGAAUUCUUUGAUUUGGCCAGGGCCAAGGUCCGGCCAGAUGCGGAUACCUACGCCAUCUUGCUCGAAGGGUGGGAGAAUGAAGGGAAUGUGCAGAACAUACGGCGUACGUUUGGGGAGAUGGUGGUCGUGAUCGGGUGGGACCCCAUGAAUGUCCCGGCUUAUGAUUCGUUCCUGAACACGCUGCUCAAGGGGCCUGGCGGGGCCCGCGAAGCGUUAAAGUUUGUUGGGGUUAUGAAGGAGAAGCGGUGCUACCCAGGAACAAAGUUCUUCAGGAAUGCAUUUGAGGAGUGCUUUAAGACCAGCGAUGCAGACACUGCAUCUGAGCUCUGGGAGGAGAUGAAGAGCCGGGAUGGCUGUGUGCCCGACACCCAGAUGUACAAUUCGAUGAUUGCACUGCAGUGGUAUCGGAACAAGGUUGACAUUGCCCUGCGGCUCUUCGAUGAGAUGGCUUUUAAGGGGGCAUUCCCGAACGAGCAGACGUACAAUGUGAUGCUCCAGUUCUUGCUCAAGAACCGGAAACUGCGGGACGCGGAAGUUAUUUUUGAUGAAAUGGUGAAGAAUGAGUGCCUACCAAAUAAUGCGAAUUGUGAAAUGGCGAUACGGGUGUUCUUGGGUUCGCGGGAUCCGGACACCGCUAUCAAAAUUUGGAAAUGUAUGGUUGGGAAUAACAUUGGCCCAUUGGAGAGUAGUGCAAAUUUCUUGGUGGUUGACCUCCCAUUCUCACAUAGGCUUCCGGAGGCAAAGAAGUACGCAGAGGACAUGAUCGAGCGGGGAAUCAAGUUGAAUUCUUCGACACUGUCGAAGUUGAAACAGAGUCUCGUGAAAGUAGGAAAGGGGGACUUGUAUGAUCAGCUUCUAAGGAAGUGGAAAUCUCAUUAGGAAGAAAAUGCCUUUGGAUUACUGUGAUUUUUGGAAUUGCCCAAUUCACAGAAUGUUUUCAUUCAUGCAUAUGUACAUGCUCCAGCUGUUUGGCUGUGAAUUGUGGAGAACUUCGGGUAUGGCCUGAACUGCCUUUUUUAUAGGAUUUAUUUCUCUUUCCUAUCUCAUAUACAUUGAAUCUAUAUUGGUAGA